UCGAGUGGAAUAUCUUUUGAGUUUCACCGAGCCCAUCAUGAGUAUGAACCGUUAUACUGACAUGGAUCACCCAUGUUUGGGAGAGGUAUAUGAUGGCAUUGACUCGAUGAUUGAGAAAAUGAAAGCCAUCAUCAAUGCAAAAGAGCAAGAUCCCGAAGAAACUUUCUUCAAAGAGGUUCAAUCAAUUUGUGUUGAGCGGUGGAACAAAAUGACCACCCCACUACAUCUUCUUGCAUUUGCAUUGACUCCCAAAUUUUAUAGUGAUGAAAUGCUUGCUAAGCCAUCAAGGGUACCACCAUAUAGAGAUUCAGAAGUGAGUGAAGGGUGUAGGACAGCACUUGCUAAACUCUUCCCCGAUUCUGAAAUGGAGGAUUUAAUGACAAGUGAGUUUGCUGAUUUUGUAGCCUCCAAUGGUCAAAGUGUUUCUGCUCUCCGUGACAAGUAUAAAAAGGAUUCUCAUGCUUGGUGGUACCUCAAUGGCCAUACAUCACCAAACCUUCAAACUCUUGCAAUCAAAGUUUUAUCGCAAGUUGCUAGUUCCUCUUCAUCUGAGCGAAAUUGGAGCACAUACUCCUUUAUCCACUUAGUGAAACGCAACUGACUGGCAGCAAGUAAGGCGGAAGAGCUCGUUUAUGUGCAUUCAAACUUGCGUCUUCUUACUCAUAAACAAAAUGAGUAUAAGGAUGGGAGCACAAAGUUUUGGGAUGUAGAUCCAGAGCG